CCAAAAAUCAUAGGAUGUCCAUAUCUUAUUAUUUUUCUGAAACCUGAAAGUUGAUCAGUUUUCUGCUAUCAACUCCCUCUUUCUUACCCUAUGGCAGUUAACAGAUCAAUUAACAUUAUCAGCUCGAAAAUUUAAGCAUACUAGUCCUAUUUUCCUUUAUAAUUCUUUGCCAGAAGCUCCUGAGUUAGUGAUCCUGAAGCUAAUAGACAAAAUUUAUGCUUCUGCUGUUGUCUGUACAUUUCUUUUAAUCACUUCCUGUAGAAAGUUCAGAGCAGUCAUAGUGAAAGGCUUCCCUUCUUGUUCUAUGAAGAAAUUAUCAUGAUUCAUUUAACUCACUGUAUUUUUAGGUAUCCAUAGUUGAAAUUCUUCUUUGUCAGAUUUUCUGUUGUCUCUUCAUAUGGUUAAGUCGGAGAUCAUAUCUCAACUUGACACAACUGAUUAAGACUUGGCCUUCUCACCAUUAAUUUGCACCUUUGUUAUCACAACAAACAUGAAUUCAUGCGUGUGUAAAUAUUUUUACAGACUCAUGCACUAACCCAGUAUUUUGUUGCAGAAUAACAUAUGUGAAUUAAAAUAACAAAAAUCUAGUGGUCAUACACCUUGUACAUAUGAUAUUCUUUCUUCCUAGUUUUCCUUAUGCAGUGCUAAAUUCUUAACUGGAGAUACCAUGUCAGUGGGGUCAAAGAGGGUGGUGGUGAUCCAGGAUGCAUCAAGAGACAUCAGUUUGAGCGCAAUCAAAUGGGCCAUAGAUGGCCUUUCCCUCAAACUGGGGGAUGAACUCACACUCCUUGGAGUUCUUCACCAGGUCAAUACCCCUAGUACGUUUCCUUUCAUGGCAGCUGGAAAAUUGAUGGGAUACAAAAGCAGGGUAGACUCAAAUUCUAUGUUAGGGGCAAACCAAAAAAUCAUCGAUGAAGAACUUAAAAAGAAGGAGGAAGAAUAUCAGAAUAGUGCAGAGAUUUCAUUGAUUAGUGAGAUCUAUGAAACAAAAAAGAUUACAUUUCACAGAAGGGUGGUAGCAGCAGCAUCACCAAAAGUAGUUGCUCUAGAAGAAGCCAAGAAACUGAGGGCAACAUGGAUAAUUCUUGACAGACAGAUGAAAAAAGACAAGAAGUAUUUCAUGGAGAGGCUAUCUUGUGGUAUCUCAAGGAUGAAACGCAACAAUAGCAUUGAACUCCUAAGAAGGCCGAUAGGAAAUCAGAAAACCAACGUGACAUACGACGAGAUGCUACCAGGACCAGAGACAAAACCAGGAAAUUCUGAUGUUAUAUUAGAGAUUCCGGAUGAUGAUGAUCUUUUCAGUUUGGAACUAGACCCAACGAAGAUUUCAAAUGACAACAUCAAAGAGGCCCCAGAAGUUAGCACAACAAUUCCUUCUUUUUCUGCAUCAACAUCAAAUGACAACCAAGCUUUGCCAAACACAGCUUCAACCCAUGACCAACCAAAUCCUGAGAUUUUAUCAGGUUCUAUCGCUGAUGAGACAAGGCAUUUUCCCUUUCAAUUGCAAGAGGAAGAUGACCUUACAGGAACCCAAAGAGCAGAAGAUAACUACUCAUUACUGCUGAAUUCUAGCCACUGCAAAAUACAGUACACACAAAGUAAGGAAUCCAUAAUUCAGGAAACAGAACAGAAAAGUGCCACCAUUUCUAAGGAGACAUUGACGUGCGGAUUUGUCAAUCAACAAUUGGAAGAAAUGUCAGAAAAUCCUAUAUGUGCAUAUUGUCGGAAUGACCAACCCAAAACUGAAGCCAAGAUAGAUUUUACUUACACUGAGCUCCAUGCUGCUACAGAUGGAUUUUCCGACGAAAAUUUUCUGUCUGAAGGAGGAUUUGGGUCUGUUUACAAAGGCAGGCUCAAAAACAGGCAGUGGGUUGCUGUCAAGCAACAUAAACAUGCAAGUUUGCAGGGAGAGAAGGAAUUUAGGUCAGAGGUUCAUGUACUUAGCAAGGCUAGACAUGAAAAUGUGGUCAUGCUACUUGGCUCAUGUUCAGAAGGAAGUCAUCGGCUCCUUGUUUAUGAAUACGUCUGCAAUCGUUCAUUGGAUGUACAUUUGUCAAAGCACAGUCCAAAUGUCUUGAGUUGGAAACACAGGAUGAAUAUAGCACUUGGAGCUGCUAAAGGCUUAAAUUAUCUGCAUCAAAACAACAUAAUUCAUAGAGACAUGAGGCCCAACAACAUUCUUAUAAACCAUGAAUAUAAACCUCUGUUAGGAGAUUUUGGGCUGGCAAGAACACAACAGGAUGAGUCUGAUCACUUAUCAGAAAAUAAGGUAGUGGGAACAUUUGGAUACCUGGCACCAGAAUAUGCAGAAAGAGGUAGGGUCUCAACAAAGACUGAUGUUUAUUCCUUUGGAGUAGUUCUACUAGAGCUAAUCACCGGACGGACUCCUCUGGACAAGACUCUUCAAGAGAAAAGUCUCGUGGGAUGGGCCAGACCACUUUUAAAGGAAAGAAAGUAUCCAGAACUGAUUGAUGAAAGAAUUAUCGAAUGUCAUGAUGUUCAUCAACUUUUCUGGAUGGUCAUUGUGGCUGACAAGUGUCUUAGUAAGGAUCCUGAUGAUAGGCCAUCCAUGGAAAAGGUCGAGCAUGCGUUAAAAUGCAUAGUAGAUGGAGAAACAAUUAACAUAAUUGAAGAUUUUUCUCCAGCACGCUCUUCAGUUAGUAGCUUACCAACAUCAAAUGAAUUGAUAGGCGAGCAAGAAACAAGCACAGAUCUGCUGUCAAUAAGCAGCUCUCAAACAAAAGUAACUUUUUCGGUAGCAUCCUCGGAACCGUCUUGCAGAUCACAAACCAUAUCAAAAGGUUUUGAAGAUUCAAUUCCAGGUAGAAGGAAUAGUUCCAAAAACGACAGAGAAAAAAAUCCAACCCCUCAAGUCUUGUAUGACGAGAUGCUUAUUUAACUCUAUGCAUGCAGAAUUUCACAUCAGACUUGCAUAUAUAGAGAUAUUGCCUACUUAUGUGAGUUAGCUAAUUCUUCUUCGUCAACAAAUAAAAGAAAAUUAAGAUGUAAAAUUUCUCUCAACAUCUACAUAUGCUCUUUGAAAACAAUGUAAUAUAAAAGAUUCCAGGACUUGCAAAUCUUCAUCGAUGAAAAAAACAAAUAUUGCAAAUUUUGUGUCCUCCUCUUUCAUCUGAAGUAUAAAGGCUGUAUCGGCAAUUCCAAGGCAGUAAAAUUUAUAAUGAAUCUAGUACUUUCUUCUCUUCUGUUACCAUAACCCAUUAGAUUAUUCUAGCAUCCUCCAGGAAAAGAAAAAUGCAUUCUUGAGACCCAAAAAGCAGGGUUCUCAGACUUCAAUAGUCUUGAUUCUGGAUUUGGUUCCUGAAGGAAUUUUAUUCCGGCAUAUCAACUGAAAGGUAGUCAAAUUGCAUAGGACACAACCCCCUUGAUUGCAGUGAUAAGUAGUGUGCUUAGAAUUAUUGCAAUAUCAGAUAGUCAGAUCAUCAUCUAAGCAAGAAGGGACAUGU